AUGGGCUGCUACGGUGAUUUCUUCGAGAAGGCCAAGCCUUACAUCGCCAUGACCUCCCUGCAGUUCGGCUACGCCGGCAUGAACGUCAUCACCAAGGUGUCCCUCAACCACGGCAUGAGCCACUACGUGCUCGUCGUCUACCGCCACGCCUUCGCCACCAUCUCUAUUGCACCAUUUGCUCUCAUCCUUGAGAGGAAGGUGAGGCCCAAGAUGACGUGGUCGGUCUUCCUCCAGAUCUUCGUACUGGCACUGCUCGGGCCUGUGAUAGACCAGAACUUCUACUAUGCCGGUCUCAAGUUCACCGGGCCGACCUUCGCGUGCGCCAUGAGCAACAUCCUUCCUGCCAUGACCUUCGUGAUGGCCGUGAUUUUCAGGAUGGAGAAGGUGGACCUGAAGAAGGUGAGGUGCCAGGCGAAGGUGGCCGGGACGCUGGUGACCGUGGCCGGCGCGAUGAUGAUGACGCUGUACAAGGGCCCGCUGAUGAAGAUGGCGUGGACCAGCCACGGCCACGCGCAAGGGCACGGCGCCGAGGCGCCCGCCGUCGCCGCCGCCAUCGACCCCAGCGGCAGGGAGUGGUUCCUGGGCUCGCUCUUCGUCAUCAUCGCCACCCUCGCCUGGGCCUCCCUCUUCAUCCUCCAGGCGCACACCCUGAAGCAGUACGCGGCGCCGCUCUCCCUCACCACCCUCAUCUGCUUCGUCGGCACCCUGCAGGCCAUCGUCGUCACCUUCGCCAUGGAGCACCGCCCCUCCGUCUGGACCAUCGGCUUCGACAUGAACCUCCUCGCCGCCGCAUACGCCGGCAUUGUGACGUCGAGCAUAGCGUACUACGUGCAAGGCCUGGUGAUCCAGAAGACCGGGCCGGUGUUCGCGUCGGCGUUCAGCCCCCUGAUGAUGAUCAUCGUGGCCGUCAUGGGCUCCUUCAUCCUCGCCGAGAAGAUAUUCCUCGGCGGCGUCCUCGGCGCCGUCCUGAUCGUCAUCGGGCUCUACUCGGUGCUCUGGGGCAAGCACAAGGAGACCCAGGAGAAGGAGGAGGAAGAGGCCAUGGAGCUGCCCGUGGCAUCCAAAACCAAUGGAGGAAUGAUCUACGACGACGACGUCUUCAUCAAGGAGAUCGCCGCCGCCGCUGUUGGAGAUGACUCGGAGUGCAGCAAGGCCAAUGGGGUGGUGAAGUCGUCCUCCCAUGGACACGGAGCUGCUGGUGCAGUUUGA